AUGAGUUCCUCAGACAUCGAUCAAUCUCAGAGAGAAUUUUUUGCUCCGCCAGAUGAUGUUGAUGAAGAUGGUGACAUUACAUCGGAGUUGUGGCAAGAAGCGUGUUGGACCGUUAUAUCAUCUUAUUUUGAUGAAAAGGGACUUGUUCGACAACAGCUCGAUUCAUUUGAUGAAUUUAUUCAAAUGUCCGUUCAACGGAUUGUUGAAGAUUCUCGAGCAAUCGAAUUGCAAGCACAAGCUCAGUACUUGAGCACUAGUAAAGAGACACCGCCAAAAUACAACAUUAAAUUUGAACAAAUUUAUUUAUCAAAGCCAACUCAUACAACAAAUGAAGGAAGCGUUUAUUUGUGGCCAAAUGAAGCUCGUUUACGUAAUUUGACUUAUGCUGCACCAUUAUACGUUGAUUUGAAAAAAACCAUCACGAAAGAAAAUGAAAUACCAAAAGAAUCAAAAAACGAUAAAGUUUAUAUUGGUGAUAUUCCGAUUAUGUUACGUUCAGCCUAUUGCCUACUGUCAGAUAUGUCCGAUCGAGACCUAACUGAAUUAAAUGAAUGUCCGUUAGAUCCUGGCGGCUAUUUUAUUAUUAACGGGUCGGAAAAAGUACUUAUUGCCCAAGAAAAAAUGGCAACAAAUACCGUUUAUGUAUUUUCAAUGAAAGAUAACAAGUUUGCUUACAAAUGUGAAGUUCGAUCAGUAUUAGAAAAUUCUAGUCGUCCAACGAGUACAUUAUGGGUUAACUUGAUGGCUAAAGGUGGACAGGGUGGUCGAAAAAGUGCUAUUGGUCAACCAAUUGUUGGCAUAUUACCAUAUAUUAAUCGUGAAAUUCCUAUUAUGAUCGUAUUUAGAGCACUUGGACACGUAUCAGAUCGAGACGUUCUAGAACACAUUAUUUAUGAUUUUGAUGAUAUGGAAAUGAUGGAAAAAGUAAAACCUUCGUUGGAUGAAGCAUUUGUAAUUCAAGAUGAUAAAUUAGCAUUAGACUUUAUUGGCGCUCGUGGCAGUCAUGCCGGUGUACCACGUGAAAAACGUAUUCGCUAUGCAAAAGAUAUACUUCAAAAAGAAAUGUUGCCACACAUCGGCAUUACACAACAUUGUGAGACGAAAAAAGUCUUUUUUCUUGGCUAUAUGGUACAUCGUUUAUUGUCAGCUGCUCUUGGCAGACGUGAACUCGAUGAUCGAGAUCAUUUAGGAAAUAAACGAUUGGAUCUAGCUGGUCCAUUACUAUCAUUUUUAUUUCGAGGAUUGUUCAAACGACUUAUUAAAGUGAUAUCAUCAUAUGGACAAAAGGCUAUCAAUCAUGGUCGAGAUUUUGGUCAGUGGGUCGUUCGACCGGACAUCAUUACACAAGGUUUACGCUAUUCAUUAGCUACUGGAAAUUGGGGUGAUCAGAAGAAAGCGCAUCAAGCUCGUGCUGGAGUAUCACAAGUAUUAAAUCGUUUGACAUAUGCGUCAACAUUGUCACAUUUGAGACGAGUGAAUUCACCAAUUGGCCGAGAUGGAAAAUUAGCUAAACCUAGACAGUUACACAAUACUCUAUGGGGAAUGCUUUGUCCAGCUGAAACACCCGAAGGACAUGCUGUUGGUUUAGUGAAAAAUUUGGCAUUAAUGGCCUAUAUCUCCGUCGGAUCACAACCACAACCUAUUCUUGAAUUUUUAGAAGAAUGGUCUAUGGAAAAUCUUGAAGAAAUUACACCGUCUAAUAUUCGUAAUGCAGCAAAAAUUUUUGUUAAUGGAUGUUGGGUUGGUAUUCAUCGUGAUCCGGAUCAAUUAAUGAAUACUCUGCGACGUCUCCGUCGUCAAUGUGAUAUUAUUGUUAGUGAAGUAUCGAUGAUUCGUGAAAUACGUGAACGAGAAAUUCGAAUUUAUUCUGAUGCGGGACGAAUAUGUCGACCGUUAAUGAUUGUUGAAAAACAAAAAUUAUUGUUGAGACAAAGACAUGUUGAUGCAUUGAGAGAAAGCGAAUAUACAAGAUUUGGAUGGCAAAAUUUAGUUGCCGAAGGUGUUGUUGAAUACAUUGAUUGUUUGGAAGAAGAAACGAGUAUGAUUGCAAUGACACCCGAAGAUCUAUUAACAAAGGAUAAUCCAUAUUGUUCAACUCACACACACUGUGAAAUUCAUCCAUCAAUGAUAUUAGGUGUUUGUGCCAGUAUUGUUCCAUUUCCUGAUCAUAAUCAAUCACCUCGUAAUACAUAUCAAAGUGCUAUGGGUAAGCAAGCAAUGGGUGUUUAUAUAACAAAUUUUCAUGUUCGAAUGGAUACAUUGUCUCAUGUUUUAUUUUAUCCACAAAAUCCGCUCUCAUCCACUAGAGCCAUGCAAUAUUUGAGAUUUCGAGAAUUACCAGCAGGAAUAAAUGCUAUCGUUGCCAUUGCGUCUUAUACUGGUUAUAAUCAAGAAGAUUCAAUUAUAUUGAAUUGGAGUUCAGUUGAUAGAGGAUUUUUUAGAUCGGUAUUUUGGCGUUCAUAUCGUGAAUCUGAAGCACAACGGGGCGCUGAUCAUACAGAAACAAUUGAAAAGCCCGAACGAACGUCUUGUGUAGGAAUGAGACAUGCGAUUUAUGACAAAUUGGAUGAUGAUGGAAUUAUAGCGCCAGGCAUUCGAGUAUCCGGAGAUGAUGUACUUAUUGGAAAAACUGUUACAUUACCUGAUACCGAAGAUGAGCUCAAUAGUAAAAAUAAACGUUUUAUUAAAAAAGAUGCCAGUGUAUUUAUGCGUCAGAGUGAAACGGGAAUUGUUGAUCAGGUAUUAUUAUCGAUUAAUGACGAAGGUUAUAAAUUUGUUAAAGUACGAAUUCGUAAUGUUAAAAUUCCACAAAUUGGCGAUAAAUUUGCUAGUCGACAUGGUCAAAAAGGAACAUGUGGAAUAUUAUAUAGAAUGGAAGACAUGCCAUUUACUAGUGAAGGUAUCACUCCCGAUCUAAUCAUUAAUCCACACGCUAUUCCAUCUCGUAUGACUGUUGGUCAUUUAAUUGAAUGUCUUCAAAGUAAAGUUGCAGCAAAUAAAGGUGAAAUGGGCGAUGCUACACCGUUCAAUGAUAAUGUUAAGGUUACACGUAUGUCAGAUAUGUUACAAGAAUAUGGUUAUCAUUUGCGAGGAAACGAGGUGAUGUAUAACGGAUUUACUGGUAGAAAAAUGAAUUGUCAAAUAUUUUUGGGACCAACAUAUUAUCAACGAUUAAAACAUAUGGUUGAUGAUAAAAUACAUUCGAGAGCAAGAGGACCAGUACAAAUUUUGAAUCGACAACCGAUGGAAGGUAGAUCAAGAGAUGGUGGUUUACGUUUUGGUGAGAUGGAACGUGAUUGUCAAAUAUCACAUGGUGCCGCCCAAUUUCUUAAAGAACGUUUAUUUGAAGUAUCUGAUCCUUAUCGUGUACAUGUUUGUAAUAUUUGUGGACUCGUUGCCGUAGCAAAUUUAGCAGAAAAAACGUAUUCGUGUAAAGCGUGUUCAAAUACAACACAAAUCUCACAAGUGCGUUUACCCUAUGCGUGUAAAUUACUAUUUCAAGAGCUUAUAUCAAUGGGUAUCGCUCCAAGAAUGUUAGUCGAUUAAUGGGCUUUACUUUUUUUUCCGGGC